GGUGCUUCCCCGUUUUCGGUAGGAAAAUCCACGCCGACCAUUGACAUUAAUUUGUUCCAUGCCUCCACCGGCCAUGUAAACGAAUUAUAGAUGCGUGAAACGGCCAAGCAGCAGGGCGUACGAUUGGUGGGGGAGAUGCAGCCGUGUGUGGGCUGCGUGGAAGCGAAGGGUAGGCGGGCCCCGGUGCCGCGGCGUGGCACCCGCGCGGCGGUACCGUUCGGCAAAAUCCACAUCGACCUCACGGGCCCGUUCUCUGACGCGUUGGACGGCUCCCGGUAUCUGAUCAUGUUCGUGGACAGCGCAUCGCGGUGGCAACGGGGGUACGGGAUGCGGGCCAAGAGCGACACCCUGAAGUUCGUGCAGCGGUUUCUCGCCGACAUGAACGGCAUGGGCACUCCGGGGUGUUUCCGCAUGGACAACGGCGGCGAGUUCACCGGCUCCGCGUUCACCUCGUUCUGCGACGCUGCUGGCAUUCGGCGCGAGUACACCGCCCCCGACACCCCCAAGCAAAACGCGGUGGUCGAGAGCGCAAUAUGGCGCGCCAUGAAGGGGGGCCACGCCGCGCGCCGCCACAUCCUCGCCAUGGGCCAUGUCGACCUCUCCUCCAUCCCCAACGUCGGCGUCAACGGACAUCGCUUGUGGCUCGCGUCGGCGCUGUGGGCAUCGGCCUGCUUCAACCGCUCCGCGACGAAGGCCAACCUGAGCUGGAUGUCGUCGUUUGAGGCGUUUUUCGGCCGGAAGCCGCCCCUCACCGUCGUCCCUUUUUUCCACGAGGGGAUGAUGCGCGUGAAGCGGGCCACCAAGGCGGACGUCCAAUCCACGCGGUGCUUCUACCUGCACGGCGCCAACAACCACUCGACGUCUACCGCCGUCGUUCGUCGCCCUGACACCGGUCGCCUCGCCCUCACCAACAACGUUGUGUGGGUCAACCGCCGGGCAGGGGCGCCGGCGCCGGUACCGGGUAUCGGGGGGGGUUCUUCGGUCACCGCGGCGCCCUCGCCGGCCACCGCCGUACCUGCGGCCGAUGCCGCACCGCCGCCGCCCCCGCCAUCAAGGACGUACACCUACAUCCCGCCUGCACCAGCGACCACCGCACCGCCGCCGCCCGCUUCCCCGCCGAUCUUCAUAGGAUCCUCAGCCCCGUCGCCGAUCUCCGUCGCCCCAUCAUUAACCCCACCGUCGACCGCAACAACGCCGCCCCAUUCGCCCCCGGGCCUGCCACCGCCGCAGCAGCAGCCCACCAGCGCCACCACCCCCGCUCCCCCGCACCCGCCGCCUUCGAAACGAGCCGUGAAGGAGUUGGGAUGAAAGGACACGAGGGUACACGGCCGCACGCGCGGCGAUGGAGUGCGGUUCAUGGAGGAACAACAACAACCGCCGUCCGGUGGCGGCGCCGCUCUCCACCACCGUCUUGGUCUGUUAGCGAUGAUGGACAAGGACUCCCUCAUCUCGUCGCUCGCCACCCGGGAGGCCGUGGAUCAAGGACGCCGCGACAUACCGACCCCGCCGCAGCCGGAUCCGAGUCUUGGAGGACGUGGAAGCGGGGGCGCCGUGGGAGGUGGGGGGGCCGUGGAUUCCGGGGGGGGGGGAGACCGCACAUGUUCGCAACGAUGUUAGCCACCCGCGAGGAUGCGGACGCCGCUCUUCGUGCCGAGCGCCCGCCCGAAAAGAUGCCAGACCUUCCUCACUGCCUCGCCAGCGACCUCCGAGUGCCGAAAACGUUGAAGGAGGCCGCCAUGCGGUCUCAACAUUCAGGGUUGUGGGAUGAUGCAGUCGGUCGAGGGUUUUUCGGUUUGUUGGAUGCAGGAACUUUUAGUCCGGUGUAGCAACCAGUAGAGAACGCGAUCAAUGCCAAGUGGAUCUUCAACUGUAAGGCAGACGAGUACGGAUGGCCGACGAAAUUCAAGGCAAGACUUGUAGCGCGGGAGGACAUGCAGAGGGCUUUGAUUGAUUGUGGAGAAUUGUUUGCACCCACCGUAUCACUUCCAGUGUGCGCUUGUUGGCAGCAUUAGAAUGCGGGCAGCAUCUUGACUUGUGCCAUUUCGAUAUUCAGCAGACUUUUGUGCAGUCUGAGCUUGAUGAGGAUGUUUUCGUGCGCUUACCGCAGGGUUGUGGUAGGUUAUCUGGCCUGAUCGUGAAGCUGUGCAAGAGUCUGUCUGGUUUGAAGCAGGCAUCACGACAUUGGCAUGCGCACCUGACGAGGUGUUUGUUGCUUUUAGGUUUUUUGCAGUGUCUGGCG